AGAGAUACUCUCGACAUCUAGCCAGCAUCAACGACCUCGGCCUGCAAUAGCCACAGCCCCGUAGCUCGCCCUUGUCACUCUCCGGUCCUCCCUUUCAACCGAUCCGCUUAAGCGCAGAUCAGCAAAGCAAGCGCGAAGCACCAAGCGGCAAUCCUCCUGCCCUUUCAUCCCUCCCUUUUCUCAUCCCCACUCACUCCCCCACGUUUCCAUCAGUCAUCGCCAUGGCAGCCAACGGACCAGGCGUGGCCGACCUCACUGAGCGCAUCGCGGCGGCCAAGAGGCAGGCUGAUACCCUCAAGGAGGAGAUCCGCAUCAAGAAGGAGAGAUUGUCUGAUACCACACUCCGAGCUGCAGCCGGCGAGCUCGCACCGCUGCCUCGUAUUGUGCUCAAGGUUCGACGCCAAUUGAAGGGUCACCUGGCGAAGAUCUACUCAAUGUACUGGGCUCAUGACAAGCGUCACAUCGUCUCAGCGUCGCAAGACGGCAAGCUCAUCGUAUGGGAUGCCUACACAUCGAACAAGGUUCACGCAAUUCCUCUUCGCUCCUCCUGGGUGAUGACCUGCGCCUACUCCCCUUCGGGCAACUUCGUGGCCUGCGGUGGUCUUGACAACAUCUGCUCAAUCUACAAUCUUCGCUCGCGGGAAGGCUCGGUCAAGGUGGCUCGCGAGCUCAGCGCCCACACGGGUUACCUCUCGUGCUGUCGAUUCCUCAACGACAGGCAAAUUCUCACCUCGUCGGGCGACAUGACCUGCAUGCUUUGGGACAUUGAUGCUGGCGUACGCACAAUGGAGUUCAAUGACCAUACAGGCGACGUGAUGAGCGUCUCGCUGGGUCCCAACCCGAACACAUUCGUCUCAGGGGCUUGCGAUACGGUAGCCAAGAUCUGGGACAUCCGCACAGGAAAGGCGGUUCAGACCUUUGCGGGCCACGAGAGCGACAUCAAUGCUGUGCAGUUCUUCCCUAAUGGCGACGCCUUCGCUACCGGCUCAGACGACGCGUCUUGCCGUCUCUUUGACGUCAGGGCGGACAGGGAGCUCAACCAGUUUACACACGACAAUAUCCUCUGCGGCAUCACUUCGGUCGCCUUCUCCUCGUCGGGGAGGUUACUCUUUGCUGGUUAUGACGACUACAACUGUAAUGUUUGGGAUACGAUGAAGGGCGAGAGGGUGGGCGUGCUCAGCGGACAUGAGAAUCGGGUGAGCUGCUUGGGCGUUAGCGGUGACGGUAUGGCGCUCUGCACUGGUAGCUGGGACUCGAAACUGUUGGUUUGGGCGUAGACGGACGUGGCGGCUGGGCCGUCGACAUGCGAGGGCGCUGCGAUCAGGGGAUUGGCCGAGGAGAUGGCUACGGGCAGAGGCACUGGAAGGACCCGCUGCCGCUGCAGCCGCGUGUUGAGCGGCGUCGCGAUGGUGAACAGAGUCAAAGCGAGCAGCGGAGAGUCAGAGAGGCGACAGACGGCGACGGACGCAAGACAAGGGCACGCAGCACACGACCAACCACGAUACCCAACUACACCUCCUCCUCCUCGCCCCUACCUCUGCGUUCAUUUUCAAGCCUGGAGCCGUCUCUUGUCGGCGUCCGGUGUCCUCUCAAAGGCAUUUCCCGCUCAGCCGCUCCUUUGCCACUCCUCAU